AUGGCUGAGGCGGAAAGUAACGGCUACGAUGACUUUCCUGACAACACUGAUGUCAUGUGGAUGAAAAUGGCCUUGAUGGCAGCCAGUCGUGCUGAAGUAACAAGGCAUGCUGAGGGAAAGCCCAGUGUUGGCUGUGUAAUUCGUCGCGCAAGAACUGGUGGUCCUCGAGGAGUCCUAGCAGUUGGUUGGAACGGGUUCCUUCCCAACACACCUGAAGAGGAGCUAGCUGAAAUAAAGGGUCGCACCUUCAAAGGGGAUCCUAAGCAGCAAGAGAAGAAAAGGGAUAAAGCACUGACUGACGCACUCGGCCUACAUGCUGAGGUAAACGCCCUACAGUACUGCUCCGAAAGACCGGAGAUGGCUACUAUCUACACGACUCAUGUGCCGUGCUACAAUUGUGCAAAACAACUUGUUGCACAUAAAGUUGGGCGUGUUUUUUACCUGUUUUGGAUGGAAGGAAGUGAGACGUCAAUAAAGCUUUUCAAGAAGUUUGAUAUAACUUGCGUACCCUUUGGAAGGCGAGGCGAAGUACUGGAGGAUUUUAGCAAGGGUUUCCUUACAAAACGCAAAAUUGUUCAGGGAAGCACUGUUGAGCAAACACCCAUAGGACCCCAUCAAUACUUUUUGGAUUGUAGAGACAAGAGGCACUUGGAAAAAUGUAUUGAAAAGUAUAAAUGUAAGUUGUCUUGA